UGAUAGACGACUUGCAAUAAAUCUCCUUUUUAUUUAUUUUAAUAAAAAGAAACAAAAUUUACCUGUGAUAUAAGCUCUAUUCAAACCGAAAGUAAAACGAGUGGAUUUCCCUUCCAAUAAUCGAAAACGAGGCAAGAGAGGGAAAUUAGGCCAAACACUAGACCAUCUACAAACAAAAAGUGAAAUGGCGAAUACCACUCUUGGUAGCGAGAAGAAGGCGAAAAUGUUGGUUGCUGCCAUAGAUUUUGGUACGACCUACAGCGGGUACGCCUUCUCCCUUAAACACGAGUACCAGGCUGACCCAGGUAAAGUCUCUGUCAACCAGAACUGGGUGGCUGGUUCCAUGGCUUUGGUGUCUCUUAAAGCGCCAACGGCAGUUCUUUUUAAUGAGAAGAAAGAGUUCGAGAGUUUUGGGUACGAAGCGGAGAAUAUGUUCUCGGAGUAUGCUUUAGACGGGGAGGACAGAAAUCACUAUUUCUUCAACAGAUUCAAGAUGAAGCUACAUGAAAAGAAGAUCAGCCGAGAUUUUGAGCUGUCGGAUGCGCAUGGACGGAAGAUGCCUGCUAUGAAAGUGUUUGGAGAGGUUAUCACGUAUCUUAAAAGUCAUUUGUUAGGGGCAUUGAAGAAGCGGGGUACCAUGGUAGAUAAUAAAGACAUUCACUGGGUGUUGACAGUGCCGGCUAUCUGGGCAGAUUUCGCGAAACAGUUCAUGAGAGAGUCUGCUUACAGUGCAGCCAUUGAUGGAAGUCACCUAUCUAUAGCUCUAGAACCAGAAGCUGCAUCUCUAUAUUGUCAACUUAUACCCACUGACAAGAUCCACGGGUCCGAGGGGGCAUCAUUCAGCGUCGGCAGUCCAGGUUCAAAAUACAUGGUCAUUGAUUUAGGAGGUGGGACUGCAGAUAUCACCGUACAUGAGCGUCAAGCAGAUGGAGGGCUCAAAGAAAUACAUAAAGCCAGUGGCGGGGCGUGGGGUGGUACCAAGGUUGAUGAGGAAUUUGACCGAUUAAUUGUUAGAAUAAUUAAAGACCGGGCUUUCAAACUUUUCUGUGAUGAACAUUCGGGCGAUCGUCUAGAUUUACAGCGAGAAAUGGAAAUGAAAAAGCGUAUUAUUUCCCCGGCAUCAAAGGGAAAAAUCACGCUCAAAGUGCCCGUUGCGCUUGCGGAAUGUUAUAAGAAGAUCAACACUAGCACAAUUGAGAAGGCUAUAGAAAAUUCUCCUUAUAAAGGGAAAAUAACAUGGCUUCCUGACAAAAUAAGAAUUGAAGCUGAUGUCUUUAAGGCACUGUUUAAACCAUGUAUAGAAAAUAUAGUUAAACAUAUUAAGGAUCUACUGAAGUUUCCAGAACUGAGAGAUACAAACACAUUCCUGAUGGUGGGCGGAUUUUCGGAGUCCGAGAUGGUUCAAGAUGCUGUAAUGAAGGCUUUACCAGGCAAGAAUGUAAUUAUACCAGACGAGGCAGGUCUGUCAGUGUUGAAGGGAGCAGUUAUAUUUGGCCAUCGUCCUGUAGCGAUUACGUCACGAAAAUCUAAAUAUACAUAUGGCAUCAAUAUAUCUCCCCCGUUCGACCCUGAUAGACAUCCAGAGUCGCGAAGGGUUGCCGUAGGAAAUACUGAUCGCUGCCGUGAUGUGUUUAAAAAGUAUAUACAAGAAGGAGACACAGUUAUGGUAGGUGAGCCGCGGUCUGGGAAACAUAUCACGCUGUCUGCUCACCAGAGAGAAAUGCAGUUGAACAUCUAUGCGUCGACAAAGCGGGAACCACAGUUUGUUGAUGAGGAAGAAUCGGAAUACCUUGGGCGAGUAGUUGUACAGUUACCGGAUAGCGAUGAUAAAAUUCGGGUAGAAGUAACAAUGAUGUUUGGUGAAACAGAAUUGACAGUUGAAGCACAAGAGUUAUCCACUUUAAAGAAGUAUACCUCGUAUUUUGAUUUCCUAUAGGUAUACACGUGAGUUUGGACAGUUAUAAACCAAACGAUUCACAUAAUUUUCAUUAGAUUUUUAAUGAAUAUGAAUUAUUUAAAUGGGUGAAAUUCUUCACACCGAUGAAUCAUUAAAUCACUUUAAUAACUUUAAUAAAACAAUGACUUAUCUGAAGUUAAAUAAGUGUAAAUCUUGCAAACCUGUAAACCUGAUUACUCUUCUUAAGAUUUAUAUAACUAUAAUGUAUAUAGGAAAAAUGAAAAAAAUAAAUUUUUGAAUGACAGAAA